AUGAAACUACUAACAUUUUGCAUUGUAACCGCCUUGUUUAGCGUUGCGAGUACACGGAGCUUUUACAACGAAGCGUACAACCCCUGCCGCCACAAGGAACUAUGUGGAUUGGGUAUCUGUGAACCAUCGAGAGACUUCCAGUGAGUUUUUAUCUAAUUUUGAAAGUUUUUGAAGUUUGCUGUUCAUAGUGUACCUAUGGACUUCGUAUGUUACAACACUGAAACUAUUUUCAAUUUGAAUUACUAUACAAAAUUUUAUCGUGUUUUGAUAUGACCACAGUAUUAAUAUUAUCACUUUUAGGACAUUUACUUGCCGUUGUCAAUACGGAUUUACUGGUCAAUUCUGCGAAAUAAAACUAACUCCAUCAUGCAAUCAACGUGCUGUUCCAUGCAAGAACAAUGGAAUAUGCCACGAUACCUUGAAUGGGAUCACUUGUGAAUGCCCGAAUGGAACUUACGGGAGAAGGUGUGAGAUUCUGGAUGAGAAGGCGGAACAAAAUUGGGGAACUCCAAGUAUCGAGGACAUUAAUGAUGUGAUUGGCAAUGUGCCAAAGGGAUACAAAAGUCUUGGCUAUGUUGGAGUCAACAAAGUGACAACCUUGAAAGAGUUAAAGCAACAGCUGAAGGACUUGUCUCAGGAGAUUGAAAGGUACAGAGGUGUAAAGUUAGAAGUCGUUACUUUGCCUGAUGGAACUACCUCUUUUUAUGAUGUUAUUCACCACACCAAUGCUACAAAGGGUAAGAUUUACGUUUUAUAAUUGUUGAUAUUGAGCUACAUAUUUACAUAAUCUUUGAAUAAACUUCAACUAGUACUAAAAUUAUUGUGAUUUGGUGUAAAAUUAUAUUGUAAUUGACUUUAGAUGACGUUACGACCGAAUGGAAAGUCUUGUUGGUAGCUAAAGUGAAAGAAAACGACUACCGUUUGACCCUGGACGAUAUGAUGAAAGAAGGAGAGAAGAAUUAUGUUGGCUAUGGCAUACUUACCAUUUGUGGAGCUGUUUCUGUUGCCCUGCUUGGUGUAUACUGUAUGCUUCAAGUUAAGGUGCAAUAUCAAAGUAGAGACAAGAGGGAGAUUUUUGUGAUCACUUCGAAAAAGUACACUGUUGAUCAAGUUGUUGAAAAGCUGAAAGAAAGCAUUUAA